AUCUUCUUCUUCUCCAUCUCCCUCGCCGACAUAGCUUCCUCUGAGUUCAAUGUGUAGAUGAUGAGCGACGCCACAGGUUCGUCUGGGUUCAUAUCAUCAGGGUUUUGGUAUUUCGUUGGGGUUUCUAUUGGGGUUCUGGUUAUCAUCACCGCUCUCACCAUUGCUUCCUACUUGUGCGCUCGCUCACGCCUUCCCAUUCCUCUGCCCCCACACAGGAUUAAUGCUCUCCAUCACUCGCAGCCUCAUCUUUCCGCAGUUGAAGUGCAAGGGAUUGACGAGGCCACCAUUCUGGGUUACCCCAAGCUGCUAUUUUGUGAAGCCAAUAAGCUCAAGGACUCUGACGGCCACGGACCCAACGCUGCCACUUGUUGCUCCAUAUGCCUGUCGGAUUACAAUGACACGGAUACGGUUCGGGUACUGCCCGAAUGUGACCACCUCUUCCACCUCCCCUGCGUAGAUCCUUGGCUUAGAAUGCAUCCCACAUAUCCUAACUGCCGAACAUCUCCCCUGUCAACCCCUCCGGCUCAGGUGGUUUACUCCACUGCUGACUCUGCUUCUUAGCUGUGGCUAAAUUUGCAUCUUGUUAAGUGUUUGAAAGAGAGAUAGAGUUUGAAAGAGCUAUACUAUAAAUAAGGCAUUAGAUCUCAUCUCCGCAUAUGUGGGUUCUGCACUUCUGCUGUAUGUUCCCUUUUCAUCCCUUUCUAACUUCAUCAUCAAGCGCCGAUCACUUAAAUCAUCUCUUUCCCUUGGCCACAACCGCUGCUUCCUAGGAUUCUCUCAAGCAC